CCGUUUCUUUCUUACCCUUUCCUUUCUUUCCCGUGAAACGGCCAGACGAAGAAAAUUUCAACAAGAACCGAGCGUCCAAAGUUACCCGCUCUCGAGACGACGAGCGCCGGAAGCCGCAAACUUGACGCCGGAAGCUCUCCUCGAAAACAUGGCAACCGUUUGAAUCCAUUUCGAAUCUGAAUGAAUCGUUCAAGAUAAAUAAUAAAUAUAAAUUCGAAUAAAUUUUGUUAUUUUUACUUUAUUAAAUAAAUCCGCGCAUAAUUAUUCGAUAAUUAGUUACUUAAUAUUCAAUGUUAUUAAAAACAAUUACAAAUAUAUUUUGCAAUAUUGAAUCAUAUCUCAAUAUCGUAAAUAGAUCGGAAGUGGAAUAUAAUUAAUAAUAUAAUUGGCAAUUGCGAAACUAUAAAUAAUAACAAAAGAGAAAUAAAAAAUUAAUAAUAAUUAGCUAAUAAUAAUUAGCUUAUUUUAUUCAAUAUUCUCUUGCAGGCAAAUUGCAUGCUUUGAAAUUUUAAGAUCAUUCUAAAAUUACCAGGUAAAAUUGCAAAAUGAUAUAACUAUUAAAUUAGACAUCGUGUUACAGCUGUUAGUUUCCAUUUUUCCAAAUUAGACAACUUCAACGGAUUUAAGACGCUGCACUGACCAGCCGCCCUGCGAACCCGUGACCCAACCUGAUCUACUUUCCCUUUAAUGUCAAUUGAUGCCAAUGCAAGUAUGGCGGAAUUUGGCGAUACGAACUCGCACGAGAUGACAGAGAAUCAUGUCGAUAAGCGGUGCAAGAAUCAGUGGGUGCGAUUGAACGUGGGCGGGACUUACUUCCUGACAGCGAAGACCACUUUGGCAAGAGAUCCGAACUCGUUUCUCUAUCGGUUAUGUCAGGAGGACUCGGAUCUUAUUUCGGACAGGGAUGAAACGGGAGCAUACCUGAUAGACCGCGACCCUAUGUACUUCAGUCCAAUCUUGAAUUAUCUACGCCAUGGUAAACUGGUUAUCAACAAGGAUUUAACAGAAGAAGGUGUACUGGAGGAAGCAGAGUUUUACAAUAUCACUGAACUCAUUCGACUAGUCAAAGAGAGAAUUAUUCUGAGGGACACUAGACCGCAGAGGGAUUCCAAGAAACACGUCUAUAGAGUUAUCCAGUGUCAUGAGGAUGAACUGACACAGAUGGUAUCAACAAUGUCGGACGGAUGGAGAUUUGAACAGUUAAUCAACAUAGGUUCUCAAUAUAACUAUGGUAAUGAUGAUCACGCGGAAUUUUUGUGUGUGGUAAGCAGAGAAUACGGACCUAGUCAACUCAGCUGUAAAGAAGAGGAGUCUACGGAUCGCGUCAAGGUUUUGCAGCAGAAGGGUUCACGCAUGUAAUGUCUAGAUCCGUCCUUGUUUUCCCUUGCCUCCUUUAGUUUGAUCAGCUGCGCUGCGACAAGAUGAAGACUGUUUUCGUUUUUACAUUUAAAGUAUUAAAUUAUAAAACCCUUUUAAAUACUCUUUUUCCAUUAUAUUCUCUCUAUUCCUAGAUAAUGUUAAUCUACAGGGACAUUACAGUGCAAAGGAUAAAGAAAAUUUUAUAGAUAUGUAUUUAUUACAUAGCGAGAUUGUACAUGAAGCUUUAAAAACCGAAAGUAACACAUUAUUAAUUUAUUCCUCUUUAUUAACAGUGCCCAGAAGAAAAGAAAAAAAUGUCGAUCUCACGAAUGGAAUAGUUUAAUAAUUUCAUACAGUUUAUAUACAGAUAAUCGCGCGCAUGUGUGCGCUAUACACAGACACAAAGUAAAAACCUUCCUUUUUCUAU